GUAAUAGCGCGUUUCCGCAUUGGAUCAGCUGAUUCGGAGGAAGUAUGCGGAAGAAGUAAAUUCGAAACCUCAAGUAACCAAACAAAAUAGUGACCUUUCUGGAAAGCUACUGACAGUAAAGUUUUUUAAAUUAUUUUAAAGCAGAAGAGUAUCUGUACCAGUUCCACUCCAGUAGUUAUUUCACAGAGGUAGCCUAGUAACUGAACGGUCAUCAUCAUGGCAUGCAGCGACUCUAUGGUCACCAUGAAUGGAACCCAAGUUUCCUAUAUUGGACACGACUGUGAGGACAUCCCAGAGUUCCUUGGAGAAAGAUAUGGAUGCUUGGCAAGACGGCUAGAUCUCAGCUUCAAUCAGCUACGGUCACUGACUGGCCUCAAAGCGUUCACUGGGCUGGAAGAACUGGUCGUCGACAACAAUCUGCUCGGAAACGACCUCCAGUUGCCCAGGUUACCCACCCUCCACACCCUGACACUCAAUAAGAACCAACUGACUGACAUUGAGGCGCUGCUGGAACACUUGGCGGAGGCAACUCCGUCGCUGCAGUACCUCAGCCUGCUGGGAAACGAGGCCUGUCCCAACCAGCUGGUCAGCCUGGACAAGGAUGAGGAUGACUACCAGAGAUACAGGUACUUUGUUCUGCACAAGCUACCCACCCUAAAGUUCCUAGACACUAGGAAGGUUUGUAAGACAGAACAGCAGGAGGCUGAAGCACGGGGAGCCUUCAUGAAGGUGGUUAAACCCAAGGCAUCAGACAUGGUGAUCAAAGUGGACGGGCGGCUGUCCCGUCGCGGCAGUGUCGCGGAGCAUGACAGCGCUGGCCAUCGGAGCGACAUCUCACAGGGGUGUAAAUGA